UUUUUUAUGCCAGUAGGCAGUCAGUUCGUCUUCUACGAAACUCAAUACUGAGCAAACUGACGUACUUUUUGCUAUAUAUAUAGUUAUCUGUUUUUCUUUGUUAAAGCAGGAGAGAAGAGCGACUGAGUGUAGCAGUAGUAGACUUUGUGACUUGAAAAUGGAGAGCACAAUGAAGGCGAUGAGAGAUGGCGCUUCGGUUCUUGACAUGGACCCCAAAUCCACCGUCGGUGGAGGCGUUGAAGACGUCUACGGUGAGGAUCGCGCUACCGAAGAUCAACUUGUCACUCCCUGGACUAUCUCUGUCGCCAGUGGAUACAAUUUGCUGAGGGAUCCACAUCACAACAAAGGGCUUGCUUUCACCGAGAAAGAAAGAGAUGCCCACUAUUUGCGUGGCCUUUUGCCUCCAGUAGUUCUGGAUCAACAGCUUCAGGAGAAGAAAUUGAUGAACAGUAUUCGACAAUAUCAAGUUGCACUGCAAAAAUAUAUGGCCAUGAUGGAACUUCAGGAGAGGAAUGAAAGAUUGUUCUACAAGCUACUGAUUGAUAAUGUCGAGGAAUUACUCCCAGUUGUUUACACGCCAACUGUUGGUGAAGCUUGCCAGAAAUAUGGAAGCAUCUUCAGGCGCCCACAGGGCCUAUAUAUAAGUUUGAAAGAGAAGGGAAAAAUUCUUGAGGUUUUAAAGAACUGGCCUGAAAGGAGUAUUCAGGUUAUUGUUGUGACAGAUGGUGAGAGGAUUUUGGGACUUGGGGACCUUGGCUGCCAGGGAAUGGGGAUUCCUGUUGGGAAAUUGUCUUUGUACACGGCACUUGGAGGAGUUCGUCCUUCUGCAUGUUUGCCUAUAACUAUUGACGUUGGUACGAACAAUGAGAAAUUGUUGAAGGAUGAGUUCUAUAUUGGUCUCAGACAAAGGAGGGCGACUGGAGAGGAAUAUGCUCAAUUUCUACAUGAGUUCAUGAGUGCUGUCAAGCAGAACUAUGGAGAAAAAGUUCUUAUACAGUUUGAGGACUUUGCAAACCACAAUGCGUUUGAGUUGCUAGCAAAGUAUGGCACAACUCAUCUUGUCUUCAAUGAUGACAUACAGGGAACAGCAUCUGUUGUUCUUGCUGGAGUAGUUGCUGCUCUGAAGUUGCUUGGUGGCACUCUAGCGGAGCAUACAUUCUUGUUCCUUGGUGCUGGGGAAGCUGGGACUGGCAUAGCAGAACUUAUAGCACUUGAGAUGUCCAAGCAGGUAAAAGCUCCUUUGGAGGAGACCCGCAAGAAGAUCUGGCUUGUUGACUCAAAGGGAUUAAUUGUCAGCUCUCGUAAAAAUUCACUUCAACAUUUUAAAAAGCCUUGGGCUCAUGAACAUGAACCUGUUGGCAGUCUCUUAGAUGCUGUCAAGGCAAUUAAACCAACUGUUUUGAUUGGAUCAUCUGGAGUUGGAAGAACUUUUACAAAGGAGAUCAUUGAGGCCAUGGCCUCUUUCAAUGAGAAACCUCUCAUUCUGGCUCUCUCCAACCCAACCUCACAGUCUGAGUGUACUGCUGAAGAAGCUUACACAUGGACCAAGGGCCGUACCAUUUUUGCCAGUGGAAGUCCAUUUGACCCUUUUGAAUACAAUGGCAAAGUUUUUGUGCCUGGCCAGGCCAACAAUGCCUACAUUUUCCCUGGAUUUGGUCUGGGCUUGGUCAUAUCUGGAGCAAUUCGUGUGCAUGAUGACAUGCUUUUGGCAGCCUCGGAAGCUUUGGCAAAGCAAGUUACAGAUGAGAACUAUGAGAAGGGACUUAUCUACCCACCAUUUUCUAAUAUCAGAAAAAUCUCAGCCAACAUAGCUGCUAACUUAGCUGCAAAGGCAUAUGAACUGGGGCUGGCUACUCGACUCCCACGUCCACAUAAUCUUUUAAAGUAUGCUGAAAGUUGCAUGUAUACUCCCAUCUACAGAAGUUACAGGUAAAAUCGUUAUCUGGACUUGUGACCUAUGUUUUGAAGCUGUGUUUGCAGAGUGUCUUUUAUAUUGCUUUUAAUCAUAAGUAAUGUGUCAUAAAAAUGUAAUAAGUUGUGCUGUAUGGAGUGUGCUCUGAAGAUGCUUGUAAUUCUCAUGUAUUUUUACAUAGCGUAUUAUCUGUGCUUAAUUAGUAAAGUACCAAGAUGAAGGUGUUUUCACA